UAGAGAAAAAUAUAACGUGGCCAAUUAAUAUGAGAAUCAAACAACCAAUUAGCAACUUAACCAUAAAAUUUCCACUUUUCCAUUGAAACUUCUCUUCUCUUCAAUUUUCCUCUCAUCUGGGAUCUAUCGAUCGCCUUAAUCAAACCACUAAUUGGUGUUUUUCACCACGGUUAAUUUUAUCUGAGCGUUUCUGUGAGUUAUAGUUUAAGGCGAAAAUCGGGAAAGAAGUGGAUAUUUAGAUGAUAAAAAGGCAUCACCCCACAAAAUUGUAACCUCGAAGAAAGGACAAAGGAGCAUGUCACACGGUAAUCGUAUAAUUGAUUUGGAAGCAGAUCAGCCAGGUCAAGAGUUUUUUCAUUCUGCGCCUUGCAUGUUUUAUGCACAGCCUAAUGUCCAUGCAGUACCAGCUCCUGGAAAUGCUGGUAAUAUCUAUUUGCACCAUGUAUCAGACCAUCAAGAGGGUACCUUAACAUAUGGGUUGACACAGUACAAUGGGGUUCAACAUCAGCAUCCUCCCACCAAUCCUGACCCAGCCAUUUCUGCUUCAUCCAAUCAUUACAAUCCGUACAUGGCUGUUCCUUCCGCUUCUGGAGAUUUCCCAUUUCCAGUAAAUCAUGGGCCACAUGGAAUGAAUUCAGACUAUGGAAGGAACAAUCAUUACAUGGACGAUGUCAGAGGCUCAUUUAAGAGAAAGAAUGCUGAAGGAAUUCCUGCAAAUCUUCAAUAUCAUCAUGCUUUGGCAGGUUCCAGCUCUGCUGUUGCUCCAGUGAUUGCAAGGACACAUGAAUCUGAUAUUUCGAUGGAUGCUGCGUCAUUUACACCACCAGAUUAUGGAGGCAAUUCAUCAUCAUUCAUUGAAGAUGGAGCACCGAGAAAUAUGAGUAACAGAUCUGGUGCAAGUGGUACAGAAAAUGUUGCACGACGUAACCAUAAUAAUCAGUUAUUUCAAGGAAACUAUAUAAGUCAGACCCAUCAGUUGCCUGGCAAUCCUUGGUUGGACUUGCAGUUCAACGGCAAUGGUAGUGAGACUCAAACUUGGGCCUGGAAUCAGGCUGCUCCUUUACCCUAUGUACCUGGAGGCAUUGGAGGCUGCGUAGAUGCUGGAAACAUGGGCGUGCGAGGUUAUCCAAUGACAUCUAGCAAUGGAGGUUUGACUAGUUUUCUGCAACCACCUGUUCCUCAAGGGCACCCAGGCCUUCAUCAUAUGCCACCUAAUAUUCAAGGAAUGAGAGGCCAGCCUAUCACCUUCCCUCCACAAAUGACGGCAUCAUCCUCACACAGACACCUACCUAAUCCGUCCAACAUCACCACUAACCUAAUGCAAGGUGUUGUAGAGGCUGGACCCAGAUAUAUGCCCUCCCUACCAACUGGCUUUGGGUUGUACAGACCUCAUCAAAGGGCUAUCGUACUUGAAAGAAAUGCAAGACAUCGGAACCUUCCUAACAUGAGAGUUCUGCCAGAAGAUGGAGUGGCAAUGCUGGAUGUUUCAGGCUACCAUGAAGUUAACAAUCCCACUGAUCAGCACAGAGAUAUGCGUUUGGACAUAGAUCACAUGUCCUACGAGGAGCUUCUUGCACUGGGGGAGCAGAUUGGCAGUGUAACAACUGGGUUGUCAGAUGAAAUAAUUGUUAGCCGUUUGAAAACAAGAUCAUUUUCGUCCCCCGAGAUUCCUUGCACCCUGCAAACUGCUGCAUGUUUGGAUCACAAAACCGAUUUCUGUGUCAUAUGCCAGACUGAUUACAACAACCAAGAAACUAUAGGAACUCUUGAUUGCGGGCAUGAAUAUCACGCAGAUUGCGUAAAGAAGUGGUUGGUUGUGAAGAACAUUUGCCCCAUCUGCAAAUCCACAGGAUUGUCAACAUAAAGAAAGAAUUUGUGGAUACAGGAAGUUGGUUGGUGGAUGAAUAUUUAUAAGAGUUGGACAUUUUGUUCUCUUGCUAAAUAUUUAUUCUCUAUCAAGAGGAAACGUUCCUGAACCUGUAUUAUAUAUAUUUUUGUAUAUACACUUGGCUAGAUGUUAGCAUAUAACUUGGUGACCUUAAUUUGUCACCUUGAAUUUGUACAGACCUCUUAAUUUUGUUGGAACCACCAUGCAUGAUUGUGAAUUUUGUAUAGACAUCUUAAAUAUUCUUGUU